AUCGAGUAUCAAACUUCCGUAUCUUAUGGGGCUUCUAUGGAGACGUCUGAAUUUUCUGCAUUAGGUUAUUCUUAUUUUUUAAGUCUCCUUUUAGCCUGUAUCCGUGUAAUAUUAUAAAAAAACAUUAGGCAGUAUGAAUAUGCGAGCAAAUUUAUUGUUACUUUUAGUUAUGUUAUUCAGUCAGUAUGUGAACUGUGUCUGGGAAGUAGUGAGUCUAGGUGCUGCUGUCGCUGCAAGUUAUAAAUAUUUCAAAUGUUGGAAUGAAUGUUGCGACGAUGUUUUUGUGCUACAGGAUUUAGAACAUCUCAACAAAAUGUUUAAUUCACAGUUAUUUGGACAACACAUUGCACAUGAAAUUAUAAUGAGUGCAUUACGUGGUCACUUAUGGAAUAACAAUCCUCGAAAAGCACUUGUCUUAAGUCUACAUGGCGUGCCAGGAAGUGGCAAAAAUUAUGUGACACAUAUGAUUGCUAUGGCUUUUUAUAAAAACCAUCAUAAGAGUAAAUAUUUUCAUUUUUUCAAUGGUAGAAGUGAUUUCCCUCAACAUCAAAAUAUCAAUGAGUAUAAGGUGAAGAUUCAGGAUACAAUUACAAAUGCUUUGAGGGAAUGUGAAAAAUCUAUUUUUGUAUUUGAUGAAGUGGAUAAAAUGCCAGAGGGUUUGUUAAACGUACUUGUACCAUUCUUAGAAUAUCAUUCACAUGUCAUGGGUGGAAAAGUAUCGACAAAUCAUGCUAUCUUCAUAUUUUUGUCUAAUACUGGUAGUAGGCAAAUUGUUAUGCGUCUUCUUGAGCUUUGGGAACAAGGUAAAAAGCGUAUUGAGACAACGCUUCUAGAUUUCGAACGCGUAAUAGCUAUGGGCGCUUUUAAUGAAAAAGGUGGCUUUCAUAAGAGCGAUACUAUAGAAGCUAGUCUCAUAGAUCACUAUGUGCCAUUUUUACCAAUGGAAGAGCAGCACGUAAUGAUGUGUGUGAAAGCAGCAUUUACAGAAAGAAAUCUGCAACCAACAAAAGAAAUGAUGGAAGAGAGUAUGACACUUGUUACCUACGGUCCUCCUCCUCAUUUUCUUUACUCCAAUACUGGUUGCAAGAGAUUAGACCAAAAAGUUGCAGCAAUUGCAUAUCGGUCAGAUUUGAAAAGCUAGUCGCGUGUCUGUCGGAGACUUAUGUGAAAAGGUACAAUGGCAUAAAUAACGUUCCAUGGUCAUGUAACGAUUUGACAAACUUCUAAUUUUAUUAAGAAGUUUUGUUGGCACGAUUGUCAAAGAACACCUAUGGAAUGAAAAAUAUUGUGAACUUUUGUAUGAUAAUGUUAAUUGUGUCAUAUGCUGAAGCAUUAGUGUAUCUUUAUACAUACACAAUAAAUAUAUACUUAUGUACAUUUCUAUAAACGGCGCGAUUUAACUAUCGCAUUAAUAUAACAUAUAUGUAUAUAUAUAAUAUGUAAUUUUAUAUUAUAACAGUAUUCGUUCAGUAAAACGCGGGUAACAGCAUCCCCGUACAGUAACAUCUAUAGAAAGCUUUAUAAAAUAUAUAUUUGAAUUGAUUUUUUAUCGUAACGAAAUGGUGGGACCAUGUGUAUAAUAUAUGAGAUAUAUUCACAUAAGUCAAAACAAAUCACAUGGAAGGACGAUCUCAAGGAAUGGAAUGCCCUAGAGUAAAAUUAAAAUGCUGAUAGAGUCCAAUUAAUUAAA